AUGCGGCCCUCUGAGGUGGCCCAGACGGUGGCUACAAGUGACAAUAGCAAUAAGAUCCCCCACAGAUACACCUUCCUGUACUACGACCACCACCACUACGACGGCUACUGUGACAACUACCCCUCCAACCACGACGACUACUGCGACAACUACCCCUCCCAUCACGACGACUACUGCGACAACUACCCCUCCAACCACGACAAUUUCAGCUACUCCACCUUCAACCAUCACUACCACUCCGAGGGGCAAAUAAAUGCAAGCAGCGUUGAGGUGCUGCAUGACAGAGCCUGCAACACUAACUAUCGAGGCACAGGAAUUAUUUACCACAAGUGGCAGGCAGGAGCUGACCUGCACUCAGAGGCUGGCACAGACCUGCACUCAGAGGCUGGCACAGACCUGCACUCAGAGGCUGGCACAGACCUGCACUCAGAGACUGGCACAGACCUGCACUCAGAGACUGGCACAGACCUGCACUCAGAGACUGGCACAGACCUGCACUCAGAGACUGGCACAGACCUGCACUCAGAGGCUGGCACAGACCUGCACUCAGAGGCUGGCACAGACCUGCACUCAGAGACUGGCACAGACCUGCACUCAGAGACAGGCACAGACCUGCACUCAGAGACUGGCACAGAUCUGCACUCAGAGGCUGGCACAGACCUGCACUCAGAGACUGGCACAGACCUGCACUCAGAGACAGGCACAGACCUGCACUCAGAGACUGGCACAGACCUGCACUCAGAGACUGGCACAGACCUGCACUCAGAGACUGGCACAGACCUGCACUCAGAGACUGGCACAGACCUGCACUCAGAGACUGGCACAGACCUGCACUCAGAGGCAGACACAGACCUGCACUCAGAGGCAGACACAGACCUGCACUCAGAGGCUGGCACAGACCUGCACUCAGAGGCAGACACAGACCUGCACUCAGAGGCAGACACAGACCUGCACUCAGAGGCAGACACAGACCUGCACUCAGAGGCUGGCACAGACCUGCACUCAGAGGCUGGCACAGACCUGCACUCAGAGGCUGGCACAGACCUGCACUCAGAGGCAGACACAGACCUGCACUCAGAGGCUGGCACAGACCUGUACUCAGAGGCAGACACAGACCUGCACUCAGAGGCUGGCACAGACCUGCACACAGAGACUGGCACAGACCUGCACUCAGAGACAGGCACAGACCUGCACUCAGAGACAGGCACAAACCUGCACUCAGAGACUGGCACAGACCUGCACUCAGAGACAGGCACAGACCUGCACUCAGAGGCAGACACAGACCUGCACUCAGAGGCUGGCACAGACCUGCACUCAGAGACUGGCACAGACCUGCACUCAGAGACUGGCACAGACCUGCACUCAGAGGCUGGCACAGACCUGCACUCAGAGGCUGGCACAGACCUGCACUCAGAGGCUGGCACAGACCUGCACUCAGAGGCAGACACAGACCUGCACUCAGAGGCAGACACAGACCUGCACUCAGAGGCAGACACAGACCUGCACUCAGAGACUGGCACAGACCUGCACUCAGAGGCUGGCACAGACACACACAUGCUGAGCCACACUAACAAAGGAUAA